GUCAAUCUUAUGAAAUCCGACUGCUGGAGAAUUGGAAGUUGGGAGACUUUCAAGAUCUGAACACAAAAUAUGUCAAGAGCAUCAUCCAGGUGGGUUUCCACGACCGCCAACUGCAGUACACAGAGCAACAGCAGCUGGAGGAAUGGCGGAGGAGCCGGCCCGGGGACCGAAUCCUGGACAUUGAUGUUCCAUCGUCUGUUGGUAUCUUGGACCCCAGGGCCAGCCCGACACAGCUGAAUGCAGUCGAAUUUUUGUGGGACCCUUCAAAGAGAGCCUCUGCAUUCAUUCAGGUGCACUGCAUCAGCACGGAGUUCACCCCCAGGAAGCACGGGGGUGAGAAGGGAGUGCCUUUCCGAGUGCAGAUCAAUACAUUUAAGCAGAAUGAGAAUGGGGAGUAUACAGAACACUGGCACUCAGCCAGCUGCCAGAUCAAGGUGUUUAAGGGAAAGGGAGCUGACCGGAAACAGAAGACCGACCGGGAAAAGAUGGAGAAAAUAACUGCCCAAGAAAAAGAGAAGUACCAGCCAUCCUACGAGACCACCAUUCUCACAGAGUGCUCCCCGUGGCCUGACAAGGCCUACCAGGUGAACAGCGCCCCAUCUCCAAGCUACAACGGCUCUCCAAAUAGCUUCGGCCUUGGUGAAGGGAACAGCUCUCCGACACACCCGGUGGAGACCCUGCCCCUGAGCAACGAUCACCUGCUCCCAUCAGCCUCCAUCCAGGACGCCCAGCAGUGGCUCCACCGAAACAGGUUCUCACAGUUCUGUGGGCUGUUCGCCAGUUUCUCAGGUGCUGACUUGCUGAAGAUGUCUCGAGACGAUUUGGUCCAGAUCUGUGGCCCUGCAGAUGGGAUCCGGCUCUUCAAUGCCAUCAAAGGCCGGAAUGUGAGGCCAAAGAUGACCAUUUACGUCUCUCUGGAGCUGGAGCAGAACAGAACACCCCUGCAGCAGAAGCGGGAUGGUGGGGACAGCAGUCUGUGUGUGUACCAUGCCAUCUUCUUGCAAGAGCUGACCACCUUGGAGCUGGUUGAGAAGAUCGCCAACCUGUACAGCAUCUCCCCGCAGCACAUCCAUGGAGUCUACUGGCAGGGCCCCACAGGCAUCCACGUGGUGGUGAACAACGAGAUGGUGCAGAAUUUCCAAGAUGAGUCUUGUUUUAUCCUCAGUACCUUAAAAGCCGACAGCAACGAUGGCUACCACAUCAUCCUGAAGUGUGGCCUCCGAGCAGAAGUAGAGUGUGGAAAGCCCUGCCUCCCAUCAGCCGUCAUCUUCUCUGGUGACCAGGACUGUUGA